CAGCAAACCCCAGUGACAAAAAUACAGAACACACACAUUUGUCCAAAAGCCAAACGCGUGUACUUGUCUUGUAUUAUCCCAACGCAUUUCCUAUAUUUUCUUCUCUAUUCUUCUUCAAACCCACACAUUUUCCUCACUACCAAACGCCUCUCUCAUAUUCAGUCGACAGUUCUGAAGCUUGGAGCAAUCAAAAUCCUUUGAAAAAGUCAAUUCCACAAAGAAAUUAUUUCAAAGGAUCAACGCUAAACGACCAGACACAGUUCUCUUAUCAGCUCCUCUGACCUGACCGAAUUUCCUUUUUUUCUUUCUCUGGGGUGAGUGUUUGAUUUGUUGGAGGAGGAGAUUUGACUGAAUCUGAGUUUGUUUCCGCUCCUCUUAUACAUAAUAAAGAUCAUCCCUCGAUCCUUCCAUGGAUUCUGACUUGUGGACCUCGCGCCUUGCCGCCGCCAAACGCCAUUAUAUGAUUCAGAAUCAGAACCAAAAUCAGAAUCAGAAUCAGAGUUCCCACUUGGAUCGGUUGGGAAUCGAUGAUUUCGAUGUGGAGGACGAGGUCCGACCCUAUUUUUCAUGCCCAUAUUGUUAUGAUGACUUCGACAUCGCCUCUCUUUGUUCGCAUCUUGAAGACGAGCACUCAUGUGAAACAAGAGUCGCGAUUUGCCCAAUUUGCUCAGUCAAAGUUGCUCGAGACAUGCUAAGUCACAUAACUCUGCAGCACGGGCACUUGUUUAAGUUGCAGAGAAGACAUAGGUUACGAAAAGUUGCUAUCCCAAACAGUCAGGCAUUGUCCCUUUUGGGAAGAGAUCUGCGUGAGGCCCAUCUACAACUGCUUCUUGGUGGUAGUGAGGGCGGUUACCGGUCAAGCAGUUCUAAUGUAUCUAGUGCAGCAACUGAUCCAUUCCUAUCCUCGCUUAUUUUGAAUUUCCCUGCUUCUGAAGUGGAAGAUAUUUCAAAAUCCGUGUUACCAAGCACUGAAGAUUCUUCUGCAAAGAAUAUGGCACCUGCACAUAUUUGGAAAUCAAGUUUUGAUCCCUCCUUGAGUACUGAAGAACGGGAGAAAAGGAUGAGACAAGCAGCCGGGAGAUCCGGCUUUGUGCAGGAUCUGUUUCUUUCAACUUUGUUAUCUGACUAAUUGAAGCUACAAGUUUCAUACUUAAAAAAUAAUCAAAUUUGAGAUCCAUCCUUGAGGAUCUUGUUGAAGGAAACCGCCAGUGGGAUAUGGUGGUUCCAGGACAAGCCAUGUUUUUCUUGUGUUGAGGAAGUACUUUCAAUGCAAGCGCUUGAUGAUAGUUGAUCCAUUUAAUCCCAACAAUGUAAGCACCAUCUCCUGCUAACAGUAUAGAUAUGUAUUACCUUCUGAGAAAAAAACACUGGUGUACUACCUUAUCAAUGAUAAUUUAUGAUUUAAAUGUUGCUUUUUA